AUGGCAGGUGCAUCAGUUAUCUUAAUUUUUGCUGGUGUUGUUUUAUCAUUAAUAACUAUUGUAUCGCUUUUAAUUGCAAGUAUGGGCCGACUUAAUACAGAUCAAAUUGCUAUAUCAUAUAAUAUGAUUUCAAAGAAACUAAGCCGAGAUGUUCAAGCUUCUGGUUUACAUUUAAAUGCACCUGGUUUUAAAUUUAUUAUAUUUCCAAGUGUAUUUACCUCAAUGGAAUUUGAUGAUAUAUCAUGUCUUAAUCAUGAUGGUGUUUCGAUUAAUCUUGAUGUUACAUUACAAUUUCAAGCUGAUCCAAAACACUUAUAUGAUAUUGUUUUACAGUUUAAAGAUUUUGAAGGAUAUAAAAAAAUUCUUUAUGCAACUGGACGUGCAGCUGUUCAUGACACAUGUGCACAUUUUAAUACAACUGCAUUUCAAAGUAUGAGAGGUUAUUUUCAAGUGAAAUUACUCGAAGAAAUGAAAGGUACAUUCAGUCCAUUUUAUGCAAUUCUUCGAGAUUUACAAGUGAAUAAUGUUCGUCGACCGGGUGAUUUUGAAACAGCUGUUAAAGAUAAAGAAGCAGCUAAAGAAAAUAUCAAAAUUGCGGAAAAUGAACGACCAAAAUUAUUAACACAAGCUCGUACUGAAUAUCAAAAAGCAUUAAAACAAGCACAAAUAAUCAAAGAGCGAGCUGAUACCGAUAGUAAUAUUAUUUUAAAUCAAGCAGAUGCUGAAGCUCAAGCUGUUCGAACACGAUAUACACUUGAAACCGAUACUUAUGCUGAAUUAAAACGAAAGAUGCAACUCAGUGUAGAAUCACUUUUGAACUAUAUGGCUAUUCGAGUUAUUGGCUCAUCGAAAAAUGACGUUUAUAUUAAUUUAAAAUCUCCAGCACAAAUAAUGUCUAUAAAGAGAAAAUUUUCUGAAGAUAAUAAUAAUGAACAUGAUAAUAAACAACGACAACGGAUGACUACUUAUCAUCUUAAUAAUAUAUUUCAAACAACACAACAGAAAUUAUAUGAUGGGUCAAAAAAUUUCUUUCGAAAAUUGAAAGAUUCGACUAUAAGCAAUGAAACAAAAUCUCUUCCAAUAAUUUCCUGUUGUUCAUCAAUGCACUGUACAAUACCAAUUGUAUCAAUUUGUGAUUAUUGUGAAAAACAAUAUUGUUCAAAUCAUCUAACUCCAUGUUUACAAUGUAAUAAGACAUAUUGUCCUUAUUGUUCAACAAAUAUAAAUAACCAAUCAUCAAUCUGCUUGACAUGUAUACAAAAUGAAUAA